UUUGCCACAAAUUCGCUGCGGAAAACAUGACUUCAACCGAUGGGCAGAUCAUCAAGUGCAAGGCAGCUGUUGCCUGGGAGCCAAAACAACCGCUAUCGAUCGAAACGGUAGAAGUAGCACCUCCGAAAGCCGGUGAAGUUCGCAUUAAAGUUGCCGCUUCCGGAGUGUGCCAUACGGAUGCGUACACGCUGGGUGGACUCGAUUCGGAAGGCGUGUUCCCAGUGAUUCUCGGCCAUGAAGGUGCCGGCGUUGUGGAGAGUGUCGGCGAAGGUGUUACAAAGUUCAAGCCGGGUGAUCACGUCAUUCCACUGUACAUUCCGCAAUGCUUCGAGUGCCGGUUCUGCAAGAGCCCCAAGACAAAUCUCUGCCCGAAGGUUCGUGCCACUCAGGGCAAGGGCCUGAUGCCGGAUGGUACGACGCGGUUCACGUGCAACGGAAAGCCCGUCUUUCACUUUAUGGGAACGUCCACGUUUUCCGAGUACACUGUGGUCGCCGAAGUAUCGCUGGCUAAGAUUGACGCUGGUGCUCCGUUGGAGAAGGUGUGUCUGCUUGGCUGUGGCAUUCCAACCGGUUAUGGAGCGGCCUUGAAUACGGCCAAGGUAGAGGCUGGUAGCUCGUGUGCCGUUUGGGGCCUCGGAGCAGUCGGCCUGGCGGUCGUUAUGGGAUGUAAAGCUGCCGGCGCUACGCGGAUCAUUGGAGUCGACAUUAAUCCCGAGAAAUUCGAAGUUGGCAAACUGUUCGGUUGCACGGAGUUUGUAAAUCCAAAUGAUUUCAAGGAACCCAUCCAGCAAGUAUUGGUCGAGAAAACCGACGGUGGUUUAGAUUACACGUUCGAGUGCGUUGGUAACGUGAAUACAAUGCGAGCUGCACUGGAAGCGUGCACCCGUGGUUGGGGUGUUUCCGUGAUUGUCGGCGUUGCGGAAUCCGGCAAGGAGAUCGCAACCCGACCGUUCCAACUGGUCACUGGACGCACCUGGAAGGGAACGGCUUUCGGUGGGUGGAAGAGCGUGGAGAGUGUGCCGAAACUUGUGGAUCAGUAUCUGCAGAAGCAGCUGAAGGUGGACGAAUUCAUUACGCACACGAUGGGUUUGGAAAAGAUCAAUGAUGCAUUCACGUUGAUGCAUGAGGGCAAGAGCAUUCGGUCGGUUAUAAACCUGUAACAGUGUAAUGGGGUUUGGUUCAUUCACGAGCUAGAACGUAGCUUCGUGCUACACUCUACUACCUCACAUAAAUGAGAUUUUGUAAGAA